AGUUGUCAUCUGUCAAAAUUAUAACCUCAAAGCUUUACUUUUCUGAUACAUAAAUAAACUUUGUUUAUCACUGUUUAUGAAUAUUUUCGUCAUAAUCUGAAAUUUAACGCAUUUAUUGUUAAUAUGAGGUCAUCAAUAUUAUUACAAUCCUUGCAAGGAAGGAUGUUAGCAAGAUAUUCCAAAAGAAAUUGUUUUACUCAGACUCAAUUAUCGAAACCAGCAAACUUUGCUGCCCAAGCGCAAUUUUCUGAUGUUAUAAAAAUGAAUGCUUGGCAAGUACAUAGCUAUGAAGAAGAUUUACAGUUAUCAACGGCUCGUAAACCAUUGCUUCGGUUUAUAGACAGCAUUCUUGUAAAAGUCGAGUCUGCUUCUGUUAACCCGAUUGAUUUGUAUAUGAAAGAUGGCUAUGCAAAAAAUGCUCUGAAUUUUUUAAGGGAGGAUGAAAUGGAACUUCCUCUUACGCUGGGUAGAGACUUUUGUGGUACAAUAGUUCGUAAGGGCUUAACAGUUGAUAAAAAGUAUAAAGUAGGGGACAGAGUUUAUGGAUUUAUUCCUUUGUAUAGGCAGGGUUCGUUUGCAGAAUAUGUUGUUGCUGAACAUGGCCAUUUCCAUCAUCAACCUGACCAUCUCCGUCCUGAAGAAAGUGCUUCUAUGAUAUAUGCUGCCAUGACUGCAUGGUCAGCCUUGUUUGUAACAGGAGGCCUAACUCGUGGAAAUACAAAGGAUAAAAGAGUUUUAAUUUUGGGUGCUUCUGGAGGAGUUGGUACAAUGGCUAUUCAGUUGUUGAAAUCCCAAGGAGUUCAUGUAACAGGAACUUGUGCUACAGAUGCAGUAUCUUUAGUGAGGUCUCUAAAAGCAGAUGAGGUUUUUGAUUAUACUCAACAAGAUUGUAUCCAAAAAAUUUCUGAAAAUAGAUAUGAUAUAAUAUUGGACUGUGCAAAAUUUGGUGUAGACAAAAUACCAAAUGAAUGGAAAUUUGAACAAUACAUCACGUUGAAUUCACCACUUAUAUUGAAUACAGAUAAAUAUGGUUUAGUAGGUGGUUCACUCAAAAGCAUCAGUACACUAUUGAGCGAGAACAUUAUUAAAAUUAAAGAUGGUAAAAUGGUUAAAUGGGGUUUUUUCCUUCCUUGUAGCAAAGGCUUUGCAUUCAUCAGCCGUUUAGUGACUUGUGGCCUGUUACGACCUGUUAUACAUAAGAAGUUUUCUUUUGAACAAUUACCAGAUGCAUUAAAUGAAGUGAAAAAAGGACACCUCAGAGGAAAAGUAGUGGUAAAUACGAAGUAAAGUGCCAUAAUGCUGAAUAUUGGAUGUUUACAAUAAUAUUUAUUGUUGGAUAUUUUCAUUACAUCAAUGGAAAAUGACACUCAUGAUUUCAACUGAACAAUAAUAUUUACUUAAUAUUAUGUGCAAGACUGAUACAAUUAAAAUUAAUUUUAUUAUCUGUA